AUGGUUAAUUUUGAUAUAAAAUUCCAUGGUAAAGAGAGAGAGAAAAAAAAACUGAUUCGGAUCAAUUAUGCUGUAUCAGGUCUUCACACUACAACUUAUCAUAUUGUUAAUAUCAUAUUACAUGCAAUUAUUUGUGCAGUACUUUAUAAGAUAAUAAUUAACUUAUCAAUCAUAUUUUAUGGAAAAUAUCCUAGUAGGAUAGCUUUUCGUGUCUCGUUAUUGUUUGCUGUACAUCCAAUACAUUCUGAAGCACCACUUUGUGCAACAUUUGAUAUUUUCGCAUCAAAUAUUUCACCAAUUCGGUUUUUUAUUGUAUUCAGAAAAAGAAUGGAUGAUUAUGGCAGCAACAAUAAGAUCGAUAGGAGUACACAACGAUAUUGUGAGUGCAUACAUCGGGCUUCGAUCAUUUUCGGUCAUUUUUAUGUUAUAACAUUCUUACCAGCAAGUAACAUUUUUGUUACCGUUGGGUUUGUGAUUGCCGAAAGAGUACUUUACCUACCAUCGGUUGCAUUUUGCAUAAUUGCGGUUAGCAUAUAUGAAAGGAUAGAAGAAGUUAUGACAAGAAAUAAAACGGAAAAUAUUCUAAAAAGUGUCACAACAAUCGUUUUCGUGAUCCUUCUUGCCAAAUCGUACAAGGUUUGA